AUGGACAAUACCUUCAACAUAUGGGGCCCAGAUCUCUGGGGCCACAGGGUUGGAGGAGCUCCCCCCCUGGAUCCCAUUGAUUUUGGGCCCCUUAUUGAGACUGAGGGCCAGGGUCUCUGCUGGAGUAAACUCUUCAGGUGGGGGUCCCCCACCAGCAGCCAUCAUGUCCGUUCCUUUCCUGGUGUAGAUGCUCCUCCUCCUGUCGCUGGGCUGGACCGUGGCGCUGUCUUCCCAUCUCUGGCCGGAGUCACUGACAUCAUCGCCACCAGUAUCCCGUCAUUGGCUGGAUUUGCCACCGCUAUUGGAGGCUCCGCCCGCAGCCCCCCCACCCCCUCAGCCCCCCCACCCCCCCCGUCCUUAGACAGUGUGGCUAACAGCAUCGCCAGCCACAUACCUAGCUUAGCAGGAACUGCUAGCACUGUGGCUAACCCAGGUGCUGCCACUGCUCCAUUAAACUCUGCCUCCACCGCCACACUUGCACCUGCUGCUGAUGCUGUUAGCUUAGACAACAUUGUUAGCUCAUUAGCUAACAUACCCAUGCUAGCAGGGAUUGUUAGCAGUGUGGCUAACCCUGCUGUUAGCACCGAUGCGACUCUGGCCACCCCGUCAGCCCCGCCCCCCUCAGCUGGUAAACCCCGACCCCCGUCACUGCCAAGGAUUGGAGCCACUCACACAGAUGUGGGAGCGCUGUCACAGCUGGUGAUGUCAGCGUUAGACCAGAAUGCAGGAGUCACGUUACCUCCUCUAGAGGGAGCAGCUGAGCCACCAGAGGAAGGUGUCAAACAGCCUCCUCACACCCCCAGAGAAGAGAACCCGUAUGUUACCAUAUUGGCCAGCUGGGCGAGUCAAGAGGAACCUGACACUGACUCAUCCAAUGAGGAUGAAGACACAGGCGCUGGCCACGCCCCCUCUGGUGCUGAUGGACCAGUGAGUGAGGAUCCUGCUUCUGACCCAUCUUCAAACACCAACAGCGUCCCGACCAAUCGGAUCGUCCCCACUCGACCAGCCCCACCUCCUCCUCAUCCUCCCAGAUCCCAAUCAGCAAAGCCUGUGAAACAGAAGACCCCGCGGGCGGCGACCAUCAGAGUGUCCAGGAAGAAGGGCGGCAGCGGGAGUUCAUCUCCACAGGGCGCCGUGGUUAGAGCCAGCUGGUUGGAUGUCUGGAAGGGCUUCAGACACAGUGUUUUAUGGGCGACGUUGGACGGACAGCUGAUGUCUCUGUGGAAAAAACGCACAGACCGGUUCAGUGAGCUGCUCUUUCACGUCUCCAGUAUCACCAAUGUGAAGAAACAGGACAAAGGCAGAUUCUCCAUUUACUUCAAGAAGAAACAUUAUGACUUCAUGGCUCAUAAUGACGAGGUCCAUGAAGGUUGGGUCACGUCUCUGCUAGCAUCUCGAGGGCAGCCAAGCCCCGCCCCCCUAGAACUCCAUGGACAAAUCACCAUCAAGGACCCGCGGAGCCGCGCCUACGCCGCCCUGUGGGGUCACGACCUCUGGAUUUACCCCAGCAAGGAAGGCUUCCAGCUGGGUCUCGCCUCCUUCUCCGUCCCCCUGAACGUGGCCACGGUCAAACCCACAGGAAAACACUCCUUCACCCUCAUCACGCCAUAUAGGAGCUUCAACCUGUCUGUUGAUUCGUCAAAGGACCUGUCCAUGUGGUUGGACAGUCUGUCCUCAUCUAUCCGCAGCGCUCUGUCCAGCAGCCAGGUGGCGCUGCGUCUCUGGGAAAACCCCGACAACAAGGUGUGCGGUGACUGCGGCUCAGCCAAUCCUGAGUGGGCGUCGGUCAACCUGCUGCUGGUCAUCUGUCAGGCCUGUGCAGGUCAGCAUCGAGCUCUGGGCACCAACCUGUCCAAGGUACGCAGUCUGAAGAUGGACAACAAGGUCUGGACUGAACCACUCAUACAGCUGUUUGUUACCUAUGGUAACCGGCUGGCCAAUCAGAUGUGGGCUCCGGCAGUGCCAGCGGCGGAGCAGCUGCUUCCCGAGUCGUCUGAUGAGGAGAGGUUCAGGUUCAUCCAGGAUAAAUACAGCAGGGGGCGCUACAGACGAGUCCACGCUCUGGCCUCCUCACACUCUCUGAUGGAUCAGAGGCUGCGUCAGGUGGUAUGUGGAGACGACGUGGAGGAGACGAUGUCUCUGAUCUGCUCCGGAGCAAAGGUGUGUCAGUCAGACCCUCAGAGCCCCUCCCCCAUCCUGCUGGCCGAGAGGGCCGAGAAGGCUCUGCAAACUGAGCUGCUCCGCCUCAACGAGUACACAGAUGUCCCGCCGUACCUGCCACAGUCAGCCAAUAGGAGAGCUGACUCCGCCCCCUCAGGUGAGGAGGAGCUUCAUGGUAAACUGGAGGACGAUCGUUUCCUCUUCUCAUUAGAAAAUGAUUCAGCUGCAUGUGAUGUCCUCGACCUGCGAGAAGUUCUCUCGGUGUUCCUCAAGGAUGGACCGGUUCAUCAGUUUGAGAUGGUGACGCUGAGUGAUCAGAUGAUCUGUGCUGCUGACAACAAGGAGGCACUGCUGAGUCACCUGGUUCACAUCCUGAAGGUGAUUCUCCCAGGGGGCGUGAGUUAUGCAGAGGUGGGCGGAGCUUCUGCAGCCAGUAAAGUGUGUGUCGUAGAAGUGGGCGGAGCUUCUAUUCAAUCUGAUGCCUGGUUGUUGCUGUGGGAGGACGGAGUCAGCAUUCAUCCUGUCCACAGACACACACAGCAGUCUCUGAAGAUGGAUCUGAGCGCGCUCAGUCACCACAAAAUGGAUCCGUCAGAAAACAUCAUCACCAUGGCGACGGCCGACAGGAGGGUGUUGCUGCGUUUCGAGGAGCAGCACAGUUGUCAGUCCUGGUUCGACCACCUGCAGAGAGCUCUGACCAAUCAGAGAGCAGAUCCACAGCAUCCACCUGCACCCAAUCCGAGCUCAGCUCGUCAGUCUCUGUACCCGGUGAUAGAUGUGGACUCGAGGGGUUCAGUCCCGCCGGCUGUGGAGCGCUGCAUCUCCCACAUCACAGCCUUCGGUCUGAAGGUGGAGGGCGUGUACCGUCGCUGUGGCCUCGCCGGCAAAGUCAAUCGAUUGGUGAAGGCUCUGAUGGCAUCACCCAGCUCUGCCCCUCUGGAGAAUGACGAGCAGGGUGUCUUAGAUGCUGGCUCCGCCCUCAAACAAUAUGUCCGCCAGCAAGAGAGUUUGAUCCCCGACAGAGACCGCCAGCAGUGGGUCCACGCUGCAGUCAUUCCAGACGAGCGCUCCAGGUUCUCAGCCUACCGACGGUUGCUUCGGCAACUUCCUGACAACAACCGAGCAACGCUGAACGCACUGUUUGGACACUUUUACAUGGUCCAGGUGUUCUCUCAGGUGAACAAGAUGUCGGCUCAGAACUUGGCUCUGGUUUUGGUCCCGACUCUGUUUCAGACUCUGAACCAGGAUCUGCUCAGACUCACCAGAGAGUUCAUCAUCCACCACACGCUGCUCUUCCUGACACCAGAGAGAGAGAAAGAGAAUGAAGAGGAGGAUGAAGAGCAGAUCACCAUCCUCUGAGGAAGAUGAAGUUGGACGUCUGUCCCCUCAGAUCUCAGAUUAUUUCCUGAUAAACUCUAAAAACUCUUCAAUUUGAUUUUAAGUUUGUUUUUUGGGUGAAAAUAUAAAAUCUUUUUUUCUCCUCGUUAAAAAUAUUUUUAGAUAAAGUUUGUUUUAUGAUUAAAACUUUACUGUUUACUUCAGUUUAUAUUUAAUUUCUCUUGUUUGUUCUUUAAGUGUGAUCCAUGUUAGGGCAGAGACAGCGCCCCCUGUCUGUCUAUAAAGUCUGUAACAUCUCUGCAGGAUGACAUUUCCUCUCAGAAAAAGUUUAUUAAUCUUCUUUAUAAAAAUAUUACAGUGUAUUUUUCCUCACAGAAAAACAGAGGACAUUUUACCUGUCUAGUUUUAUUCUGUCAUAUUUUGGUUAAACCUAAACUGUCUCGUCAAAUUAAAAGUCUGG